AGAAUCUGAAAAGCAUCACAGGAGCCUCUGGAUAAAGACCUGCCCCAGUAGCAAGGCUAGGAGACAGAGGAUUCCUGCUCAGUGAUAAAGCAUGAAACAGAUGUAAGGAAGCAGUAUGGAGCUCAAGAGAGGAAAGACCUUCAUAAAAUCCAGUGUGCAACAUGAGAAGGUGCCACCAGUGCCCACAAUUCCUAACAACAAAGAUGAUACAGGGAAAGACAAAAAGGCAGCUCUGGAGGGAAACCAAAGUGUAGCUGAAGUCCAGCUGGCAUGUUUGGCCACGCACAAGAACUACAGAUUUUCCACCAGAGGAGCAAGGAAUGGGUCUGGUGACAACUGCCUGGAAAAACCAUCUGGGUCCUCUUACAAAUUUGUAAGGAAGAGUAAAACCCAUGACUGCGUUCCUGAGGCAGACAAAACAGAGCACUGUAGCCCCAGCAGCAGGGUUUGUGAAGAAGGUUUGUCUGGAAAGGGUAAGGGCCGACUUGUCAAUAGCAUCAGCUUUUCAGGGAUGUCCAGCUCCAGCAGUAAGAAAGAGUAUGUGGUCAGCCCCAGCCAGUCUGUAUGCAGCAGUCAGAUGAUCGAUUACAGAAACUUUGUGCCACAGAUGCCUUUUGUACCAGCUGUCGCAAAAACCAUUCCGAGGAAGAGGAUUUCCCUCAAGAGAUCUAAGAAAGGGCUCAGAGAUAUAUUUCAUAUAAAAAAAAAUAAACCAGAGAGCCUCACGUUCCUGGUUGAGAAGGACAAGAAUCUGUCCUCUCCAGGCUGCAAAAGUGAGUUGUCUGGGCGUCUUGCAAAGUAUCUUUUCAAAACCGGAGAAACAUUUGCAGCUGAUUGCUUGUCACAAGACUGCUCAGACAGCGAACUGCAGUCUGACUCUUCCUAUGACUGCUGCAACACCCUGUGCGAAGAUGUUGCCUCGCUGAAGAGUUUUGAUUCUCUCACUGGCUGUGGGGAAAUCUUUGCUGAUGAGACCUCUGCUCACCUGGAGCUGGAGAACAACAAAGAGGUUCUGCUGAGACGAAGCAAGCACAAAGACAGCCCUGUCAUGGGCUCUUUCCAAGGGGGUGUGGAGCAGUUGGCAUCUCCUGGCCAGAAUGAGACUGUUGAAUUUGCAAAGUUUUGGGACAACAUCAACAAAUCAGUAAGGCUACAUCAGAGUGCUCUGUUUGAUAAGAAGUUACUGAAGAUACCUGGUCCUGAUGUGGAAAAGGCUAGAAGCCAGGCUGCUGCAUCUGUGACAGACCCUCAAAUGUCACCUGAUAAAGACGGUGACAAUUCCAAAGAGAACUCCACAGAAACAGGAACACCAAAAAGUGACAACCAGGAAUCCACAUCCACAAGUGAUGAAGGCUACUAUGAUUCAUUCUCUCCUGGACAAGAUGAUGAAGUGAAGGAAGCUCAGACCCCUGGGGUCCCAGGUAGAUUUCCAAGAGACAGCUACAGCGGAGAUGCCCUUUAUGAGCUCUUCUAUGACCCAAACGAAGUCAAAAUAAACCCAGUCCUAGAUGAUGACUUGUGCACAUCUGAGAGCAUUUCAGAACAAGCUAUUGAAAUCCCUUUGUCCAUUUACAGCUUUCAUGUUGGAGCUGAGGAGAACAUGGCUUCCCAACCAGCUCUAGACAUUAUCAGCCAGGGUUUCUUCCACAGCACAUGGAAAGGCAAAGAAUGUUUGCUAAAGCUCUGCGAUACUGAGCUUUCACUUACCAUGGGGAUAAUAAACUGGCUGCGAAAACACUCGGGACUAAUUUCUUCCCCUGACUCUCUUCAAAGUCCUCAGUCACAGCCAGAAAAGUCUAAUGAUGCAUCGAUCCUGCCCAGCCCCAGUCCAGAGCAGAAAGUGAGCACAGAAGCUCAGCAGGACAAACCAAGCAAGGAAGAAUGUAAUACAUUUAACCUAUGCGUGUCUUUGGACGAAAGCAAACCUGCAACCCAGGCCUCUUCAGUAAAGGUUACUGAAAGAGACCACAGCCUGGAUUCUUGCCCUAACACAUCUGAUUUGGAUUUCCAAGGAAGGGAAGGGAGUCACUGUAAGGAUUCAUCUACAGCGCCUGGGACUGGGGAAACCACCAGAGCACAAAGUUAUGCACCACAAUCACAGGCUAACAGAGACAAUCUGCAGACAUCUUCAACUGAGAAUGAGAAGGCAACAAUUUCAGAAGGAUGUGAGACAUCGAGAGAUAAAAACGCACUGCCAGCAAAGCUGAACAGAGAGAGUGGCUCCCAGAGCAUUGAAAACCCUUCGUUAGAUGAUAAUCAUGAAGUAGAAUCAUGUUACUCCUACAAGACUGCUGCGACCUCACUCCUGGAUCCCCUUGAGAGGGAGGACACAAAUAAACCCAUGUAUCACUCUCUCUCUAUUUCCUGUGACAAAACGCUGCAGCCUCUUACCCUCAGACGCUUCCAGAGCUACAUUAGCUCCACACCAACAGAGAGCAGCACUAACAUAGUGCAGCUCUUAGAGCGCUGUGUAACACAAGUGGCAUCAUUAAAAAUCAGCUAUGAAAACAAGCAUCUGAAAGACAAAUGCAUUGGGAAUGAAAUGAACAAUAUCAUUCAUAAGAUGUCUCAGUACAAAAACAAGUUAUUGUUGCAAAAUGAAUGCAACUGCAUUGCUCAAAAUCCAGAAUACUCCAGUAUUCCUAGCCCAAACCAAUACAAUUAUGAGACAAGUUUCCAGUCCAGUGGUCUGUAUCAUCUGAAGCAAAAUGGGGAGCAAAUUUGCUCUGAAGAUCAGGAAAGUAGAGCAAAAAUCCUCAAUGAGGUUACCAGAAGCAAGGUAAAUUUUGAAUAUGCCCAGCUAAAUAAUCAAGCCCUCUCCUACUUAAAAGACUUUACAUUUGAUCUCAGUCCAAAUGACUCUGCCCCUGCUACAACUCUUAGUAGACCAACAUUUUUACCUCUCUUUAACUCUGCCUGCUCAAACAUACCUGCUACUUUUUCACAAGCUUCAUACAGCACCACCAUUUCUCUAGCUGACUCACUGCAGCCUCAGGAGGCCAAGCAGUGCAGCCCAGGGCUGUGGAGUUAUUCAGAGACCCCCUGCAGGGGCCUGGAUGGAGGGAGCGCUCUGUCCCCUCACGCAGAGGCAGCAACCUCGGACACGGCAGUGACAGGGAGGAACCACCAGUAACACACCUGUAUUGAGAAGGUACAACGCUGAAGAAUCCACUUGUAGAUAUGGAUGCUGCCCCGCCAUGUGUAAUAUAGCAUGACAUAUUUCCAUGACGUUGUAUCGAUGUCAGAAUCAACAAGGAUUUCUCUCUAGAGAUCCCACUAGAGAUGUUGUGGCAGAAAAUCAUGCUAGUCUAACUGAUUAAUAUAGUUAGGAGUUCCUGACAACCACACCUCCCUGAAACUGUGUCUGCAGAUGGGUGGUAACUAACAGUCUUUUUUGAGGAAAAAAAAAACAACAACAAAAAAACCUCAAAACCCAAACAAAAAACAACCCCAAAAAACCCUUCAGUGGGUUUGUGAAAAAAUUCAUGCCAUGACAAGAAGGUUUAAGAAAAAAAGAUGGCAUGUUUCGAUCACAUCGGACCACACAACAGCUGAGAAUACCACUAUAUUUUUAAAAUGCAGGUAUCUGCAGCAUUCACUUGGGCAGUUGUUAUAAAGUGAUAAAAUUGUUCUCCGUUGUGCUAAUUUUUCUUGAAUUUUACAGAAAUACUUUAUAUAUUUUAUGGCAACUGUUUAACCAUCUUAAAGAAACAAGGUUCUAGACUGCAGAUUACAUUAGUAUGGCAAGAUUUACUGCCUGUGGAAAGAUAUUUUGUAAACAUACAAAUGAAAAUAUCAGGAAGCAUAAUAUAGUAUGCCCUAUAUUGUCCAAAGACAUGUAUUUAUCAUGAGCAGAAAUGGUGAAUAGGAUGAGGAUGUGUACUUGAAAAUCAUAAUCAAAAAGAUAACUUCUUGGUUCUGUUUUAAAGGAGAGAAAACAUGCUGUUUAUAUCCAUGACAACAGCUGUACUUUAUCUUAUACAAAGCCUUCUUUUUCCAAUUUAAAAACCAGUCUCAAAGUACUAGGUAGGAUACAUUGUUAACCCAGCUUUGUUUUUUUUUGUGGCAACCUUGGAGUCAGUUUAACAGAACAGUCAUACCCCAGUUGGAAUUUGGUCUUGGCUGCCUUACACUCUGAGAAUAAACUGAAGAAAAACCAACUGUGCUUUGUAGAUGGAACCAGAUGAUCAAGAUUGAUUGCCCUGAGCUUUGCUGUCUUGGGGAAAAGUGGAAGAAGGACCUAUGAGGCUUGCACUGAAGCAAGGUUAAAAUAAUUGCUUCCUGGCUCAACAGUGAGCUCACACCUUGGUACAGAAGACGGCAACCUUAUUCCUAAAAUUCACUGAAGUGGCAAGGAAUUAAUCUCAUUUAGCUUUAUUCGCCAAGGUAACUGUCCAUACUUUGUCUAUAGUAAACAGAAGGCAACAAAUAACUACAGAGGUUGAUGAAAGACUCUCUGGAAAUAAUUCUCUCUAUAUAUUUACAAUAUAAGGCUCCUGGACAAAUACCUUCAAUUAGAUGCCUGAAUUUUGACGUCUAAAUUUAAGAUGAUUUCUACCUUAAAUCUUUUAUAAUGGCAAUAACAUAUAUCCACAGCAUUUAAAUGAUGUCUGCAUUUUUAAAAACUGUAUGCAUCAAGACUAUGAUGCUAUAAGAUGAAACCACAUCCCCUAGAUACGAUAUGCACUUUCUCAGUAUUACUCUACAAUUACCAAGAAGAGAGAGGUUCUCUCUCCAACAUCCCGAGACUGCUAAUACAAGUCAACUUUCAGAAUGCAGUCAAUUUACCACCAGUACCUCCUUAAAAUAUAGAUUAUAGGUGCCCAAGACCCUCUUCCAUGGCACAAAACUACAUCUCUGAGGACUGCUAAAAAUCUGCCAUUUAAACUAUAAAAGCCUGAAAUGCCAAGUUCAUCAUAUAGGCAUUCUUUCCUGAAAUGCUAAAUGACACAUUAGAUUUGGGCUAAUCAAAUAACAAUAAAAAACAUAGGGCUUAACAUUUCAGCAACAGACAGAGUCUGUACAAAAACUAGUUGUUCCUCAUACAAGUGAUCCCUUUCCUUUUGUAAUUACUACGCUAGCCUCCUUCACUACCUUCGCUCACCAACUGUCUCUUGUAAAAGUGCACAGAGCCUCAAUGGAACAGAGAGGCAGAACUUCCCAACUCUGUAACAUACUGCUCAUCUCUUCCCUGGAUUGCAAGUUGAGUAACCAACAUUAUGGAGGAAAAGAAAGGCAACAGAAGGAGAAAAUUCACUUUGCUGCCACAAAGCAAAGGAGACAAUAUUCCAAAGGAGACUAUUAUUCCUCCUGCCUUACAGGCACAGAGCAACAAACCAUUUGUCUAACAUUAUUUAUCUCCCAGUUUGGUGCCUUCUUUCUCCUUCUGCUGCUCUUCUCCCUGUAAGUCCUACUCACCUGUCAGAGCUACCCAGUCCCUGCUGCUGCUUAUAUUAAAAGUACCCCGAUCUCCUCUCUUGUGCUCACUGCCCUUCACGCAGAGAGAAGCAAACAGCUUCCCUCUGUAGGCCACCUUCUGCUCUCCUCCCAGACUUUAAAGCUGGGCUUUGUGGCACUGUCUGUGCCUGGACAGUGGUUCCCUUAUGAUACAAACCAUAGGGAAUGAGUGCAGACAGGGACUUAUGCAGGCCCAGCGUUGACACACAUACCCCACAGUUCCACAUGCACAUACUUCUGUUGGGGAAGUAGGGAGGCAUGUAGAUUUAUGAGCCACCUGCAGCCUUUGAGCUUAUGGACACAUCUAGUUCUAGCAAUAAGUGUAUUGUGCUCUGAGAUUCAAACGUCCUGGGUUCAGCCCAUGCUGCCAAGAGAACAACUGUGGAUCUGCAUUACACACCAUGGAAAAAAUGCCUGUGGGUAGUCUAUUCUAGUUCUCCCCAUGGAAUUGCAUGACUGCUAGUACAAUGUUGGGGGAAGCUCAAAAAUUUUCAGGGCUUAAUCAUUCUCCGUUUAAAGAACUAACAGAAAAUCUACCUCCUCAGAAUCAUAUUGAAUAAGAGGUUUACCAAGAUUGGCUGUAAACUAGUUUGGAGGAAAAUCUUUAGAUUAAACUUGUUAUAUUACAUGAGAAACACCUCCUUAAGAAAUGAGAACAUGCUGGUGAAAUUCACCCAUAUAUUUGAAUAUUCAAUUUCUCAUGCAGUGUGUAGCUGUGGAGAACAAGUUCCUUCCACCUGUUUUCAGCCUAACAUCCUGACAUUCCCCUUCGGUGUUAGAUGGCUUUUUAACUUUUAAAUAGAUAAUACAAAAAUUUAAGAUAAAUUUUUAAAAACUUUGCACAGACUUUUGUGGCUACAGAAUUUCAGAUCAGCUUCUGUGAAACUGCUCAUCUAUUUAAUGUCUUGUUUUUACAAGAAUAGAAGCAGUGACCAGUUGUGUCCACACAAUCAGAAUAAUAAUUAAAAAAACAAUAUCUUUGUGCUAAAGAUAAUCUCCAAAGAAUAAAAAAGAUUUUUUUCCCUUCUGAUGGUUCACUGAAAUGUAGAAAAAUUCUUUUUAAAAAGUUAUAUUCUGCUAGAGACAUCAAUCCUUGACAUUCCUUCUUUUAAUGAAGUUUUCUAGAGUUUCAGAGGUGUUUUGGGAACUCCCAGGACAUAGAACAGGUACCUGAAUACCCUUAAUAAAACCCCACUUCCUGCUUUGAAUGGAGAGAGCAUUCACCACUUUACAGAACUGGAGUGUUAAUAAUCUCAUGCUAGUAAAAAUGCCUGGAAAAAAAGUAGGAAGAAAUAUCAGAGCCACAUGAACUGUCAGGUAAGUGUCCCUUCCAAAAGCAAAGUAUUAAAAUGGCAUUCAGGUAUUCCAGUCAAAUAUAAGUGAUGUGAACUUAGCAACAAAUAGUUGAGUAACAUUUUGCUUCACUUACAGUAUUUAAUUGUUCAAAAUAAGUUGGAGUGUUUGGUGGCAAGAUAUUGUAAAUGCUUAGCUUUGCGGCAAAUGCACAGGCUGCACAAUGAAGUUGCAGGUAAAUGGAGGGAUAUUUAAGAGCGAACAAUGUCACAUAUUCCAGCUUCUACGUAAUGAAAAGGACACAAACCAGUGAUACUCUUGGACAAUGUAUGUGCAUGGUACAUAUAUAUACACAUGCAUAAUGAGGGUGUACAUGCACAUAAAAGAGGGGUAGUGCAAACUUGUUAAGUUCAAGAAUAGGGAAGAAAUCUGAAGCAGGUACCAUUUAAAAAUCUGAGUAGCACAUUAAUAAAAUUUUCAAUACAUACAUGAUUUACUCUGUAACUAAGAUACAUGCAUUUAUAUGCUGUUUAACAUAUUUUAUUAACUAUUUUUCAUAUGUCAUAUCUGAUGUACAUAUGCUUUAUGUAUUAUAUUUUAGUUACCAUAUUCUAUGUCACAUACUAAAGUCACUUGGAUUCUAUGUUAUGUUUGGUCUCUGAUCAACACUGCUUUAUUGCUUUACAUGACGAUAAUGAAUCACUAUUUCCAGCACUGCAAAUUUGUUUUUCAGAAAAAAAACCCUACUGCUUAUGAAGAAUUUUGUUUUCUUAAAUCCCUCGCCUAUAUAUGAGGCUUGAGGAACCAAAAUUCACUAUUCCUCUAAUUCUCCUCUGUGUGGAAGAACCUGGCUUAUCAAUCAAUCAGUACUGGGAGAAUCAGAAUACUGAGAUCAAAAUACUACCUACUGUAAUCUUAUUCUGAAGAAGUUAGUAGAUUAUCAAGUGUAUGCCAUUUGGAAAGUGGAUAGUUUCUAAACAUAGGCACUUCCUGCUUUGAGAAGUGCCAUGUUUAAGAAGAAGGGAAGUUCCGGCUUCUCUGAAGAAUUAGUCCUGAUCUAACUGUUUAACAAAAGCUCAUCUGUACCUUUUGCAGCAUGCUUUAUAAAUCAGUUGGUCGACUCCUUGAAGAAAGUGCUAAUUUCCAGGCACAUCUUAAAGUGUCUCAACUUCGUAAGUCUUAACUGUCUGAGAAAUAAAGAAAAUAAAUUAAGAGUUAAACCUGGCAUAAGAGAGCACAGACUACAGUUUGAAGCUUAACACUAGUUAAGUAUAUAUGCACAUUAUAUUUGCCUUGUCUUUCUAACUGUGGGAAACCGUUUAAGUAAAAGGAUAUUUAGAAAUUCUUCAAAACUUCAGCAAGAUAAAGAUGCAUCAUUUUUUAAGUUGAUAAAACACACUUCUCAAUUUAGUUUUCUGUAGCCAUGUUUUAAAUAUAUUUAUAGCUUUAUACUUUAAUACAAUGCAAUAAGAGCUAGCGGAAAAGUUCCU